CGGAGGGAGGGGUGUGUCGGCCGCCCGCGCCGUCCCUCCGCCCCUCGGUCCCGCGGCCACACGCAGCCAGCCGGAGCUCGGACCAGGCGCCUGUGCCUCCUCCUCGUCCCUCGCCGCGUCCGCGAAGCCUGGAGCCGGCGGGAGCCCCGCGCUCGCUAUGUCGGGCGCGCUUAGCAACAGGUUUCAAGGAGGGAAGGCGUUCGGCUUGCUCAAAGCCCGGCAGGAGAGGAGGCUGGCCGAGAUCAACCGGUACUGUGCAGGGAGGGAGCCCCAGCUACGGAGGAUUUCAUAUUCCCAGCACAGCCACUUGCUGGCUCUGCUGUUUUGGGAGUUUCUCUGUGACCAGAAGUAUAGUGAUGAAGAGAACCUUCCAGAAAAGCUCACAGCCUUCAAAGAGAAGUACAUGGAGUUUGACCUGAACAAUGAAGGCGAGAUUGACCUGAUGUCUUUAAAGAGGAUGAUGGAGAAGCUUGGUGUCCCCAAGACCCACCUGGAGAUGAAGAAGAUGAUCUCGGAGGUGACAGGAGGGGUCAGUGACACCAUAUCCUACCGAGACUUUGUGAACAUGAUGCUGGGGAAACGGUCGGCUGUCCUCAAGCUAGUCAUGAUGUUUGAAGGAAAAGCCAACGAGAGCAGCCCCAAGCCAGCUGGCCCCCCUCCAGAGAGAGACAUUGCUAGCCUGCCCUGAGGAUCCCACCCGGACUCCCCAGCCUUCCCACCCCACACCUCCCUCCUGAUCUUGCUGCCCUUCUUGACACACUGUGAUCUCACUCUCUCUCAUUUGUUUGGUCAUUGAGGGUUUGUUUGUGUUUUCAUCAAUGUCUUUGUAAAGCACAAAUUAUCUGCCUUAAAGGGGCUCUGGGUUGGGGAAUCCUGAGCCUUGGGUCCCCUCCCUCUCUUCUUCCCUCCUUCCCCGCUCCCUGUGCAGAAGGGCUGACAUCAAACCAAAAACUAGAGGGGGCAGCGCCAGGGCAGGGAGGCUUCCAGCCUGUGUUCCCCACACUUGGAACCAGCACUCUCCAUCCUUCCAGAAAGUCUCCAAACCAAGUUCAGGCUCACUGACCUGGCUCUGAUGAGGACCCCAGGCCACUUUGAGAAGACCUUGGAGUAGGGCCAAGGCUGCAGGGCCUCUUUCAGGUUUCCUUGGACAGUGCCAUGGUUCCAGUGCUCUGGUGUCACCCAGGACACAGCCACUCAGGGCUCCGCUGUCCCAGCUGAUCCCCACUCAUUCCACACCUCUUCUCAUCCUCAGCGAUGUGAAGGUGGGAAGGAAAGGAGCUUGGCAAUGUGAGCCCUUCAAGAAGGUACCAGAAGGAACCCUCCGGUCUUGCUCUCUGGCCACACCUUUGCAGGCAGCUGAGAGGCAGCGUGCAGCCCUACUGUCCCUUACUGGGGCAGCAAAGGGCUUCGGAGGUAGAAGUGAGGCCUGGGGUUUUGGGAGGAAAGGUCAGCUCAGUGCUGUUCCACCUUUUAGGGAGGAUACUGAAGGGACCAGGAUGGGAGAAUGAGGAGUAAAAUGCUCACGGCAAAGUCAGCAGCACUGGUAAGCCAAGACUGAGAAAUACAAUGUUGCUCAUUUGACCCCAAUCUGCUUGAAACCUGACUCUACUUCCCUCAUUUGUCUUCCUACCCUACUCACAUAAUUCAUUCAUUUACUCACUCAUUCACCAGAUAUUUAUUGACCUCCUAUUAUAAGCUUUACGUCCUCCCAUGUUGUCCUGGCAUGUGCAGUAUACACGGUCUAACUCACCUCUCCCCAGAUCUCUCAGAACCUUGAGCUUGGGAAUUGGACUGGGGUCACCUGUGUCCUUUCUUAUGGACUCACAGGAUUUUAGAGCCCUAAUGCACCCUGGAGGGUAGCUGGGCCAGUCUUCUUACAUCACAGGUGAGGAGACUGGUGCCCCACAGGGAUUAAGUGCCUUGCCCAAGGUCAGGCUUAUCUCCAGAGGGAGGUGCCCUGGACUGGGGCCCAGAUGUUCAGGGACCCUGCCUACACCUCGUCUCCAGUGUGGGCUGCCUUAGUUAGUUAUGAGAACAGGGAAGGGCUGGGAAGGGGCAACCUCCUAGGUCAACACGUGGAGAGGGUUUCACUUGCUCUGAAGACCCUGGUCCAGGAUUCGCCCUCCCCCAUGCCUUCAAGUCAGCAUCAGGCUUAGGGCAAAGACCAGGCCUCUGAAGCUGCCUCUUGUAAUUCAAGCAGGAAGAUGUCAAAGUCAGCCCAUCUUGGCUGAUCAGGGUGUUCAGCCUUGACCCCACCUGUGUUCUGAAGUCUCUUACCCUACCUGCUCAGGACUUAGACAGUUAUUCACUGAACAUACUUAUUAAGCACUUGCUGUAGGCCAACAGUUAAGAAUCCAAUAAUGAAACAGACAGAUUCAUGGAACUUAGAGUCCAAUAGGAAAGUGAGACCCAGACAAUGACAAUGAGAUAAAUGUUAGGAAGGGGGAGGUAUGGGGUGACUUCCCUGCAGUCCUGGGGGGCCUAGCUGGGCCCAAGACUGGGUGAGAGUCUUGUCAGAGCCUUUGCAACACAUUAAGUGGACAGGACUGUGAGGUCCUGGUGGUUGGAGCCAAUGUGGGUUCCCUGAAGCUCCUUAGUCAUCUCUGAUAGCAGAUUGAGGGAGGAAAGCAGGUAAGGCAUGAGGAAAUGGCCAGGCUGGGUUAACCCACUGGUUUCAACCAGUUCAGGAAUGAGGUUAUUUGGCCAUGACUGGCUGAUCUUGAGCUCAAGGAUCUGCUUCAAAUGCACACAGGCCUAGUUGAAGUUUAAACCCCAGCAAAACAUUCCUCCCUGUAAAUGGAAAAUCCUACUGCUACCUCCUCCCCUGCCCCGUUUUUUGUUUAUUUUCCCCAAGAUCAUUAGAUGUCCUCACCCCUCCUCACUGCCUCUCCUCUCUGGGACAGGCUGGGACCUUUGAGGAAGAUAAAGCCUUCCUUGACUACCCAUCCUAUUCCGUGUCCCUGUUCCUCACUCAGAGAGGAAAGCAGAACCAAUCAGCCUUAUUUCAGUAAGUUCCACAGUUCUACAAGACUGCAGGAAGUCUCCUUAAGGGAGGAGAGCAAGCAGGUGUGGCCCCAGCUGCUGGAAAUGGUGGAAGAGAGGGUUUUCUCAUUGAAUGGGGGUGGGGGCUCGUGUGUCCUGGGAAACCCCAUGAGUCCCUUCAUUUCUUGGGACUCAACUCCUGGGAGGAGAGGGUCUCAAGAGUGGUCCCUAGAAGGAGGGCGGGGGCAGUCUGCAUGUAUUUCAGGUUGUGGCUCUUGGUUCUAGGACUCUUACUUCUCUGGCUCAGGGCUCAGCUUCUUGGGACUUCAACUAUCUUCUUUCUGAAAGACCAAAUCUAAUGUAACCAGUAACGUGAGGACUGCCAAGUAUGGCUUUGUCCCUAUGACUCAGAGGAGGGUGUGUCGGGCAAAUUCAGAUGGAUGAAGUAUGUGUGUGCGUGUGCAUGGGAGUGUGCGUGGAUUGGGAUAUCAUCUCUACAGACUGCAAAUAAACCAGACAAACUUA